CACACCGACCACCACGCAGUGGCGAGCAAGCAAAAGCUAGGCACCAAGAUCAAGAAGCUGCGAGCAAGAUGGUGAACUUCAUCGAGGCGCAGAAGCCUCUCCUGUCUUGGCUGAUGAAAAUGGCCGGGCUCCGCCCCAUCGAGGUCGAGCUCGAGCCGGGCACCAACAUGCACUUCUGGGCGCCCAAGCACCACGUCGGCAAGAAGGGCACCACCAUCAGCCCGCUCGAGCCUGCCGCCACCGGCGCCAAGAAGCCCGGGAGGAAAGGGAGGAAGAAGAACCCCGAGUCGCGGCCCAACGUGGUCCUCAUCCACGGCUUCGCGGCCGAGGGCAACAUCACAUGGCAGUUCAACUUCGGCGUGCUCGUGUCGCGCUACAACGUCUACAUCCCGGACCUGAUGUUCUUCGGCAAGUCGUCGACAUCGAGCGGCGACAGGUCGCCGGAUUACCAGGCGGAGUGCGUGGCGGGGGCGCUGGCGCGGCUGGGAGUGGUGCGGUGCGAUGUGGUUGGGUUCAGCUACGGGGGCAUGGUGGCGUUCAAGCUGGCGGAGGCGCGUCCGGAGCUGGUGCGGUCCCUGUGCGUGUCCGGGUCGGUGGUGGCCAUGACGGACGCGGUGAACAGGGAGACCAUGGAGCGGCUCGGCGUGGGGUCGUCGGCGGAGCUGCUCAUGCCGGAGACGCUCAAGGGGCUCAAGGCGCUGCUCUCCAUCUCCAUGUAUAAGAGGAUGUGGUUCCCGGACAGGUUCUACAAGGACUACCUCAAGGUGAUGUUCACCAACAGGAAGGAGAGGAUGGAGCUUUUGCAGGGGCUGAUAAUCAGCAACUUGGAUGCCAAGAUCCCUACAUUCCAACAGAAAAUAAUGCUGCUCUGGGGCGAGGAGGACAAGAUCUUCGACAUGGAGCUUGCCAAGAAGAUGAAAGAGCAGCUGGGCGACAACUGCUAUCUGCACGGCAUCCCCAAGGGCGGCCACCUGCUCCACGUCGAGCGGCCGUGCGCCUACAACCGCCAGCUCCAGAGAUGGCUCGCCUACGUCAACUCCCCGCUGGAGGAAGGAGAGGCCAGCUGAUUGAUUCGUUCAUCGAUCCGUCCCAGAAGCAGCUUGCCCAGAGAGCAGCGCGGGGCUAUAUAUGUAUGUAUGCCCUGCUCCUGCAGGCCAUUCAGUUUCGUUGAUAUGGCGUGACCGUUUCAUGUUCUUGUUUGUGUUUCGCCGGAUUCGAAACGUCUCGCGUU